AUGGGUGGUGAUUUUCAGCAGUUAUUGAAACCUAUCAAUCACUGCUGGGAAGUGAUCGAUAAGGACACAGACGAAGCUGUGAAAUCGGAUGGUUUCGUCAGAAUCCAGAAAUCAGUGCUAGAAGAAUUGGUCGAGAGAGAAUCGUUGAAUGUCAGAGAAGUGGAAUUAUUCAAAGCUGUUGAUUGCUGGGCUACAAAAGAAUGUGAAAAGCAAGGCCUUGCAGCAGAAGGUUCUGUGAAAAGAAGGAUCCUUGGUGAACGGAUCGUUGAGGCAAUUCGUUUCCCUGUGAUGGAACACCAGGAAUUCGCCGAUGUUGUCCUUGACUGUGAUAUACCAACAAAGAAAGAGUCAUUCGUCUUGGUGAAGUAUUUUAGCUCUAUGCUGAAGGUUCCGAUGGGGUUUUCUGAGGGCAGAAGACGUGGUUCUCUUCAACGAAUAAAAAUGAGCAGGUUUCGAUCAAUAACAAAAAAUAUAGGAUGGCAUUAUUUUGUAGGCGAGAGCAAUUCAAUAGUGGUCUCGGUUGACAAAACGAUUAAAUUGCAUGCAGUGCGUCUAUUUGGAAGUGAAAACAAUGAAUAUUCAGUGACACUUAAGGUAACUGAUUCCAGUGGUGUUGCUCUGGUAACCAAAACAGGCAUGUUUAUGUCUCAACUUGUGCAAAGUGAGAGAGGGGACUAUCAAGGGUUUGAUAUCGCCUUUGAGCCUCCAGUUGCUUUACAAGCGGGGAUCCAGUAUUCUUUGGANUCGUUAAGGCAAUUCGUUUCCCUGUGA